AUGCUCCCUGACCCGCUCUUCGACGUCUUACGGGCCUAUGCUACGCUGCAGUCUCCCAAAACAAUAAUGAGGAUAUCUGUGCCAUUUGGAGUGCUUCACGGCUUUUUGCUAAACCACAUCCUGCUCAAUCCACACCUCCGAGAGUUCCCGCCGUCGAAGCGGUAUCAGGUCUCCUUCUGGAAGUGGGCCAUAGACUGGCUUGAGCAACUCGCGUCGGACGAGGCAAGGUAUAUCUUGACACUUGAACUCCUGGAUGAAAUCGACGAGCGCAUCUAUACGCACCAUAUCGACCUUAUACAAGAGCUGUCAGCGUAUGUACGAAGCUUGGGCGCAGAUGCACCCCCUCCCUCAUAUAUGACUUACCUCUGGCCCGCGGGAACUGCUCCCAUCCGUCCUGUCUAUUCGGGCUACGCCAGUGCAACCCUACUGGAGUCUCAGACAACCAUCGAGGGCGGGACUACCGGCCUGAGAACAUGGUCUGCAAGCCUGGUUCUUGCCCAGUACCUUUUGUCUAAUACAGAGCUCAUCCGAGGGAGGAAUACGCUCGAGCUUGGAUGCGGAGCUGGUCUUCUCGGGAUCGUGGCCGCGUCCGUACAACUUGCGGGCAGUACCGAUUGGCCCUCUUUGUGGCUUACCGACGUCAAUGAAAUUGUCUUGCAACGCUGCGAGCACAAUUUAAAGCUGCAAUGCAAUCAGUCGCACGAGCAUCCCAACCUGCAUAUACGCACCCUCGACUGGUCCGACGCGGCUGAUACAAAACGGUGUUCGUCGGUGCAUGCUGUAUUCGAUGAAGCACAGCCGGAGAUCAUUUUGGGCGCAGACGUGGGCUACGAUCCCUCCAUCAUACCGCCACUUCUUGAUAUUCUGGUACUGGCCCUAUCUUCUCCUAGCAAUGGUUAUAAACGAGAGGCCUAUAUCGCCAUCACCCAGCGCAACGAAGACACCCUCGCGGGCUUCAUCCGUCAAGCUGAGGAACGCCUCUCAGUAGAAAUCGUCGCUUCCAUGCUUGCGGCCGACAACAUCUUCACAGCCGCCGCGGAGCUUGGCCACGCUGCAUCGGCGCACACGGUGAAGAUAUUUAGGCUACAAUCAAAAUCUUGA